UGUGGCUUCAUAGUUCAAAGAGCAUGGGCUGUGGUAGUAUGCUCCUCUGGGGUGGGGUCUUGUUGUAUGUCUUGGCUAGUUGGAAUGGACUAGCCAUGGAGGAUGGAGGGCUGUGCUCCCCUCCCAAAUAUAACUAUACUGAUGCGCUUGGCAAGGCAAUCUUGUUUUUUGAAGGACAAAGGUCAGGGAAGCUGCCGCCUGGGCAGCGAGUGCGGUGGAGGGGAGACUCUGCUCUCUUAGAUGGCAUGCCUGAUAAAGUGAACUUGGCAGGAGGAUACUAUGACGCUGGGGACAAUGUCAAGUUUGGAUGGCCAAUGUCUUUCACAAUGAGCUUGUUGAGUUGGGCUGCUGUUGAGUACCAAAAAGAGAUAUCUGCAGUUAACCAGAUGUGUUACCUUCACGAAGCAAUCCGCUGGGGAACUGAUUUCAUAUUGCGAGCUUACACUCCCCCCACCACCCUCUACACCCAGGUUGGAGAUGGGAAUGAAGAUCACCAGUGCUGGGAGCGUCCAGAGGACAUGGACACCCCUCGAACACUCUACAAAAUCACUUCCUCUAAACCGGGAACUGAGGCAGCAGCUGAGGCUUCUGCUGCUCUUGCUGCUGCAUCAAUAGUCUUCAAACGGGUGGACUCCAAAUAUUCUGCAAAUCUGCUCACCCAAUCGAAAUCACUAUUUAAUUUUGCAGACAAGUUCAGAGGAUCUUACCAAGCCUCCUGCCCUUUCUACUGCUCCUACUCAGGCUUUCAGGAUGAGUUGCUGUGGGCAGCAGCUUGGCUGUACAAGGCCAGUGGAGAUGCCAACUAUUUGAAUUACGUAUCAAGCAACCAAGGAUGGAGUCAGGCAAUGUCGGAGUUCAGUUGGGAUAACAAGUUCGUUGGAGCUCAGACACUGCUAGCAAAGGAAUUCCUUGGUGGGAAGAAAAAUUUGGGGAAGUUCAAGAGAGAUGCUGAUUCAUUCAUAUGUGCAUUGAUGCCCGGAAGUAGCUCCAGGCAGAUCAGAACAACUCCAGGUGGGCUUAUGUUUACCAGAGAUGGUAGCAAUCUUCAGUAUGUGACAAGCUCUACCAUGGUGCUAUUUAUCUACUCCACGACCCUGAGUGCAUCUCAUAUUGAGGGUGUCCAAUGUGGUUCUCAUAAUUUCUCCACCUCCCAAAUCAGAGCCUUUGCAAAAUCACAGGUGGAUUACAUACUUGGGAAAAACCCCAAGAAGAUGUCCUACAUGGUGGGCCUCGGCAGCAAAUUUCCGAGGCAAUUGCACCACCGAGCUGCAUCCAUCCCCUCCAUCAAAAUUCUACCGGCCAAGGUCGGAUGCAACCAGGGGUUUUCAACCUGGUUUUCUUCCAGCAAACCAAAUCCAAAUACUCAUGUGGGUGCCAUUGUAGGAGGUCCUGAUUCCAAUGACCAGUUCAGCGAUUCGAGAUCGGAUUAUGCUCACCUGGAAGCCACAACCUAUAUCAAUGCAGCUUUUGUGGGUUCAGUGGCUGCCUUAACUUCAUCUGCCAAAGUGUGUUUGGAACUGCCACAGAUCAAUAGGACUGCGCACUUGGUUGAUCACAUUUAACAUAACAAAAACCAAUAUUAUAUAAAUAUCAAGGAGUAAUAAAAUCCCAAUCAUGGGCUUGAGUGGCUGAAUGUAACCCAUUUAUAACUGGCACAACUUUUCUAUGAAUCAAUGGAAAGACAAGUUUAUAUGUAAAAACUUCUUGAAGUGUUGCUUCAAAAAUUUUCUUCAGCUCAUCUUAUUUCCU